UGUCAUUUUAACUUACGAGAGAAAGAGAGAGAGAGAGUGGACUUUUGUUCCCUUUGCCUUGAUUUUUGGGUCAAAUAAAUAAGGAUGUUUUAUUGGACUCACAAACCCACAACAACAACAACAACAUAAUAGUCAUAACAUCUUCUGCAACAAACACUUUCUUCCUUCACUUGUUUACUCAAUUUUGAGGCCUCAAUUCCGGGUUUGAACAGAUACAAGUGCACAUUGUUUGUUCAAGCCAUCAUUCAAGACACUCAUGGAAGCAGUUAAUGAAGCUAGACCUGUUUCCUCCUGAGAUAUAAGAUAGAGGUUCACAUGGUUUCUUCAGACAAAAGUGCUGAUCAAAAUAUCCCUUCUGAUAGAUUGCAGCAGAGAGUGAGUCCUGAUAGUGAUAUUACACUAUCACAAGGUCAUGAUACUAAAAAUGAACUGUCCAAACCAGAGGGAGCAACAAGCAUUCCUUCUAUUGUAGCUAAAAAUGAAGGGAAGGAUUCUGAUCAAGAAGGAAGCACAUGUUCUUUACCACUUGAGAAACAUUUGCAGAGCCCUGAUACUCUUUCACAUGAAUUGCCUCCAUUGCAAUCAAAUCAGGAAAGUCCCUCUAUAAUACGUGAAAAGGUAUCAAAAGAUGGCUAUAACUGGCGAAAAUAUGGCCAGAAACAUGUAAAGGGGAAUGAAUUUAUAAGGAGUUAUUACAAGUGUACACAUCCAAAUUGCCAGGCAAAAAAGCAAUUGCAGCAGUCAAAUAAUGGGCAUAUCACAGAUUCCAUUUGUAUUGGUCAGCAUAAUCAUCCUAGACCUCAAUUGAACUCCACAGUAUCAGUUGAGUGUGUUCUGCCUAUUGUUGAACAAACACCGCCCAAACCCUCAUUAGCCGAUGUGGAAGACAAAACAUCGAUUGAGCAAGGAUGUAUGCCGCAACAGAUCAAGCCUUUACAGUCCAUUCCGACUACAAAAGUUUCGCCAGUUAUUGAGUUGAAAGCAGCGCAUUUACAAUUGACUAAGGCAAAGAAUCAGGCUCAUGGCAAUGAGGAUCCGGAGUCAAAGCGGCUGAAGAAAAACAAUAGUAAUGCUGAUGCCACUGGAGUUGACAUGUCAACUUGUGAAUCUCGUGUUGUUGUUCAGACUUCAAGUGAGGUUGAUCUGGUAAAUGAUGGGUAUCGCUGGCGCAAAUAUGGGCAGAAACUAGUUAAAGGGAAUACAAACCCAAGAAGUUAUUAUCGGUGCUCAAAUCCUGGCUGCCCUGUCAAAAAGCAUGUGGAGAGGGCCUCUCAUGAUUCAAAAAUUGUAAUAACUACCUAUGAGGGACAACAUGAUCACGAAAUCCCCCCUGCAAGGACUGUCACUCACAAUGCAGCUACAAAUACUCACACAACAACCACUAAUGGCGAGGCAGGGACCAAAUCUGGAGGUAAUACUGUUUUUGUUGAUACAGGGGAAUGCAGCGACCUGGACUCAGUGAGUAGAUUAACCGAGCAACUAAAUGACAAGUCAAAUACUAAGUCAAAGGACGGUGAUAAGCUUGAGUUUCGUGUGAUCAGCCUUUCUAACGAGGGUCCUGAAAUUAAAUUUAGCAAGCAACAGCAACAAAAAGAUAACUCAGGUGCUAAAAACAAUUCUGUCAGCAAUGACAUCGUAUGCCAUUCAAGUUCUGGAGUUCCGUGUAGAUCAAAUGAACAGCUGGAAGAUGAGGUAAAAACUAUAUCAGAAGGAAGUAAGGAUUGCCUUAAUGUGGUUGCUGUUUGUGAUACUCCUAGUACAGAAAAUGAAUUUAAUAAGCAAUCAGCAGCUGAUGCGGAACCCGUCCAAAGCUAAAAUUUGCAAUAUUUUUCGAAGCUGCAGCUUGUUACAGAAGAGUAUAAAUAUUUGGCAAUGACAUAGGCUUUACAGAUAUAUUGUGGGAUUAUGAUUCCUAUUUAUACUCUAACCUUCACUUUACUCUUCUACCUCUUUCUUCUUUGGGCAACUUGAAUAAAUAUGCAAAUCACAAUUAAUACUACAUUGAAUAUUAUAACUUGUAUACCAUUAUUAUUAGAGUUAAAUAAGAUUUACAUUUCAUACACAUGUAUCUAACAUUCUAAUAUAUUGUUGAACAUACUCAGUUAUUCUCAU